GCAUUUUUCCACAGUGAAAACACACUUGACAUGGUUAUUUACACCAUAUCCUAGCAGCUGCAAGCUAUCACCACAAAAUUAAAACGUGUGGGUCUUUGUUAACUUUGGCGUGAUCAGAUUGCUUUUGCUUAUUAUAUAUGCUUCAUAUAUAUUCACCUAAUUCACAAUUGCCCAAAUGUCUAAAAAUAAAGUAAAAUGAAUGAACCCAAAUUAUUAGAUAUUAGAUCCUGUUUAUGCUCCUUCAAUUGUCAAUAAAAACAUUGAAUACCUGUCAAGAACGCUGCAAGCGGGUCUCAUAUUUCACAUUGAAGGUAGGUCAAGUCAUCCCUUCGGAAAACUUUAUAACCUGCAAAUGGAACGUAGGCCCCCAGGAACGCAACCGCGUUGACGAAACUUAUGCAAUUGUGCGUGUUGUAUGGGCACUUGAGCAACAUGGAUUCAUUGUUGCUCUAAUCAGCACAGGUGUGAUGAAGAUCAAGAUGCUUUUCUUUCGCAAUAAUGGAGAUCAGUUUUUACAAGUAAAGCAUAUAUUGACAGUUGAAAAUUGUAUAUUGCAAAACUAUGGAGGUUUGUUUAUAACAAGUAAUUAAUUAAAAUUAUCCUCAGCUUUUGCUUUAUGAUUUUACUUUUUAUCUAAAAUUUUUGCCUCUUUAACAUC